GACCGAUUCCGAAGCCACGUUCCGUUUCUAGAAGAAAAAAGACGCCUUCGAAGUGGAAGCAGCGUCGGGUCAAUUACGCCGACGCCAAUCCUGUCGCUUCCUCGAAGGCUAAAAAAGGGGGAUUCGGUCGAUUUGAUUCCUCACAUUGCCAUUCGAUCGCUUCUUCAUCUCCUCCUCCACCGCUGCGAGCCGAGUUCUCACCGGAAGGAGCGCGAUCCGAACGCUGCCAGUGGCGACAAUGAACUCCAUGUAUGGCUUAAGCGAGUCAGGUGCACCACGAUCUUCGAUCAAGAUACUUGUGUUAGGCGGCAAUGGAUUCGUGGGUUCACAUGUUUGCCAAGAAGCUUUGGCACAGGGGUUUUCUGUUGCUAGUCUCAGCAGGUCUGGAAGGCCAUCAAUACACGAAUCUUGGGCAGAUGAAGUUCAAUGGUACAAAGGAAAUCUUCUUGAACCCGAGUCUUUGAAGCAUGCUAUGAGUGAAGCAACUGUAGUGGUGUCUUGCGUUGGAGGCUUUGGAUCUCGUACCCAUAUGCUCACACUUAAUGGGACUGCAAACAUCAAUGCUGUACAAGUUGCUGCUGAAAAUGGUGUAAAAAGAUUUGUAUACAUAUCAGGUCUCUCUUUUGGUUUGCUUGACUACUGCAUACGAGGGUAUCAUGAAGGGCAGAAAGCUACUGAAGCUGAACUAACGAAACGGUUCCCUGAUGGAGCCGUCAUACUCAGACCAGGUUACAUUUAUGGAACACGCCCAAUUGGACCGUUGAAGAUACGUUUCGGGCUAAUGUGGAAACCUUUCGAGCUGGCUUAUCAGAACGCACGGCCACUUCGCAAGAUCCCACUCAUUGGCCCUUUCUUCACUCCUACAGUUAAUGUUGCCAAAGUCGCAAAGGUGGUAGUGAGAAGUGCCACGGAUCCAGGGUUUUUCUCUUCAGGUAUGAUUGAUGUAUAUAACAUCAUUCGCCUGGCCAAACAAAAAUGAUCUGUAGUUUUUAACCAAAUAGAGGUUUGUGCAAACAAAGCUCUAGUUGAUUGAUUGUUAUAGUUGGGUCUUUGGGUGUUGGGUUGUUCUUGUUGGAUUUUUUUUUUUAUUCCUAGUUUUGGUGUGUUUGGUGUUGUUUAUGUAAUUAGAUCAUUGUAAUAGUUUUAAUUAAAUUAUUGUAUGGUUUUGGAGUCA